AUGAGGCAAUCAAGCUGCCUUAGAACUGCUUAUGAAUCCUGUAACAAUGUAAGACUAGGUUAUUCCAAUUAUCAAUCAAGAAUUCUUCCACAGGACUUGAUAAAUGAGCUGCCAGAAGCUUGCAUAGCUGAAAUAUUCAGGCAUGUGGAAAACCCAGAAGAUCGGCAGUCAUGUGCCUCUGUCUGUUGGAGAUGGGCCAACAUAUUGGUCUCUCAGCGGCCAAACUUUUGGGGCCCCUUCAGUGUUCAUCAAGCCGUUCACCCUUGCCUGCAUCUGUCUAACGUUGAUGACGUCAAGCUUGCAGCGGCUGUUGUUGACAUGUGCGCAAGGGAUGUGGUGACUGAUCUUGAUCUUCAUUGUGCGCCAUGUGGGGCUGCUGUUGAUGGAGUUCCACGGCUCACUGAUAGUGCUAUCCGUUUUGUAACCAGUGCAUGCCGCAAUCUGAAGUCAGUUUGUCUCGUUGACUGUGUCUCUCUCACGGAUAAAGCUGCCAGGAUCAUUGCUUCAAACUGCCCUGCAUUAGAAAAUCUCGUUAUGUUACAGUCUUCAAUCAGUGAUGAUGGUCUUUCUCAGGUUGCUAAGCAAUGCAGAAACCUGAAGUUCCUCCAUAUCGAAGGGUGCUUGUCCAUAACUGAGGCGUCUCUAAGAGCCCUUGUGCAGUAUGCCAAGAGACUUGAGUCUCUUACUCUGGGAAGCUGCCCUCAAAUUGGGCAAGAUGCCAUCUUGUCCUUACUGAUGAACCAGCCUUAUCUGGACAAGCUUGAGCUCAAGGGCAUGAUGACUGGAGAAUCACAUAUAAAUUUUGCUAGACAAUCAUCAGCCCUCCAUCAAUUAUGCUUAUUUCGCCAGCUCUCUAGCCUCAUCCUGGUGAAAUGCCCAGGUUUACGGAACCUGGGCAUGCUUAACUUUGCUAGAAUUCACUUUCGAUUGCUACGACAUUUGGUAAUUGAUGACUGCAGGGGAGUGACAGAACUUGGCUUGAAGUGGCUGUUGGGCAAUGCCAUGAAUCCCACUAAGCUUAAGACCAUUAAACUUGUCAGGUUCCUAUUUUUUACAUAUAAAGCUGCAAUAGAAGUUAUGUCCUUGAUCAGCAGUACAAUUGAAUCAAUGAUUAUGGAUUCAUGUGAUUUUGGCAUGAUGAUGCCACACUAUCUUGAUGAAGCUGUGGCCUGUGAGUGUCCCAAGCUGAAGGUGAUCAGUAUUGAGCACUGUGAGAGAACUAUGGAGCUCUUCUUGUUAUGGGUCAACACGGUGUGUCGUGGGCUUAAGAAGCUUAGGCUCGUUGGCUUUCCAGCACGUGGUCAGGCUUCUCAUAUGGAACACAUUUUAAGUGGCAUCCUGCACAGCAAUGGAAUCACAAAGGUUGAACUGCAAUCCUACCAUUUGACAGACAGGCAUGUUUGCAUUGUAGCUCAAUCAUGCCAGGGAGCUCUGCAGGAACUUAUAUUGGGUGAAUGCCCGAACAUCCGGGGCAACUUUGUCGUGCGUCUCAGAGAGUCUUGCCGCAAUCUAAUCAAGUUGACCUUGAAUCAUAUUCAAAUCAGCGAUGUCCAAAUCAGGAUUCUUAUGCUUGUAGGAUUUCACCAACUUGAGGAGUUUAAUUUAAUGGAGUGCCCCUUGAUCACUGACAGGAUACUGGCUAUCUUACAUGCAUCAACCUUGCCCAACCUGAAGAGAAUCAAUUUGUCAGAUUGCCCUAAUGUCACCCAGGAGGCUGUUGACAUUUACCAGCGUCGCUGGGAAAUCGAGUACUAA